AUGUGCAGCAAGAGCUUAACCACGCACAGCUUUGCAUCCAUCAAGGCCGCCCUGAUGAACGGGCUGAAGUAUCGUGAUCCAUCUCCCUUGGUUGGAACGAUUGGGGCAGAUUGGGAUUACGUGGGCAUUGAAGACUUGCAGAAGCAGCUCUGGAAACCGCUUGCCCAGCUUUCCCAGAUCAAGGGCCUCAGCCAAGAUGAUAUUCUGCACCCAAUCAUUUUGGUCGUGGCUGGCACAGGUCAGGGGAAAAGCCGUUGCUUGCAAGAGUUUCAUCGGCUUGCGGAAGAUACUGGCUUAAUUGGAAACUCUUCUUAUGGUCAGCGAUUUCUCCAAUUUUUGCUCGCUUUCGAAAAUGACCAGAAAGUAGAUGCUGCAUAUGAUAAAUUCGCACAGACGAUUUUGGCAUCGAGGAUGCUUUGGCAAUUGCUCGCGAAUGCAGACUUUAGACAACUCGGAUGGGCUGGCUUGCCUCCAAACUUUACGUUUGAGCAGCUUCGUGCAGCGGUUGCAACUGAAGGCAUCCUUGUUGACGACGUUCUUCAGGCAUUGGAGAAGGGCGAAGGAUUGAGUGGGGCAAAGUGGAGUUUGAGUCUGGCGCUGGAUGGGCUGCACAACCUGCCUGGCUCGGAAGACAUCUCAAACAAGAGCACAGCUUUCUACCAGACCAUGCAAGCUGUGUGCCAGCUCGUGAAUCAGGAGCCAGGUCCUUUAGUGGUGGGAGUAGUUUCUGCCACUGCCACUGUGCGAGAGGGCAUUGUGGCAUCUUUAGCCGACAGCCCGCAAGCGCGCACAUUUAUUCACUUGCCUAGGGUAGAAGUUGUGCAGCAACUCUGGGAAUAA